ACUUAUAAGUCGCUUCUUACCUGCCCCAGUGUUGAGUCCUGACCGUAGUAAAGUUCAUUCAGUUUAGGAGCAUUUUGACUUACACAUCGAACAGAUAUGGCAGAAAGAGUCGUUGUAGUAGCAGUCGAUGGGAGCGACCAGGCCGAUAAAGCCUUUAACUGGUAUUGUGAGAAUGUGAACCGCCCCGGCGACCAUGUUAUCGUUGUCUUUGGAGCUGAAUACAAAGUUUCCUUUAUGCCUGGGCAGGUAUCUGAAUCGAGGCUGAAGGAAAUUCAGGACGAGAUGUCCAAGGAACAACAGAGGGUGGACGGGCUGACCAACAAAUACGUGGCCCAGAUGAGGGAGAAGAACAUUAAAGGAGAGGCUGUGCCCAUUACUGGCAAGAAACCGGAGGAAGCCAUCAUUUCCAAGGCAGAAGAGGUCAAGGCGGCCAUGAUCGUUAUGGGAACCCGCGGACUGGGAACCAUUCGACGCACGCUGAUGGGAAGCGUGAGCGAUUACGUCGUCCACCACGCCGGAAUUCCCGUGAUUGUAGUCCGUUCAUGAUUAGACAACUCUAGGAUAUAUCAAAUAGAUUAACAAAGCAAGGAAUACCGCAAUAAAUCGUACAAGAAGAUUCGUCCUAUCACCUAGGAGCUUUUUCUCUUCAUCGUGAAUGUCGAUGUGUUUUUUAUUUGUUUCGUGGUCUUUUUUUUUUUUUUUUUAAAGUACACUGUCAGAAGUUAGUGUGAACAAUUGAUUUGAAGUUUUUUCUUCUUAUGGUAGUGCAAUUGGUGUAAAACCAAAAAAAAAAUAAUUUGUAUAAACAGUAGAUUUCAUUAGUGCUAGAAAAAAAUAUUAACCCCCCCCUCCCUAAAAUAUUUUUUAGUAAUUUUAGUAAGGUAAUGUUUUUGGAUGUUCAUUAGGGAUCAUUGCAGACUUCAUAAAAGUUUUGCUUAAUAAAACAAACAAACACAACGUGCAGGGAUUUUGUUCAUAAAAUACUUAAUUUUUGGACCGUUCUUUCAUAUAUCAAUCUUUAUACAUAAUCUAUAUACACUCACAUUUUUUGUAUACAAAGGUAUAUUGGAAGUUAUUUUUCAGUUACUUUAUUAUGGUCUAUCAUACCAACUGUUGGUAAAUUAAAAUCAUUGGUUUAUGAAAUUUGCACUUUUUUUCCAACAUCAGUGGUUACUUUUGUAACACUAACUUGUCAGCCAUUUUGUCAUUUUUGAUUGUUGCAUUAUUUUCAUCAUUUUUUGGUCGUUGUAUUAUACAGCCUUCUUGUGAAGAAAGGAGAAAGAAAUAGUCACCAUUAUGUGGUCUUGUCCAUUUGCAAAUGAGAUUAAAGACUCGAAAAUGUAAACAUUACUUGUACAAGUUUGAAACUAGUUUUCCUUUGCAGGCUGUAUAAUACAUUGACUGGGUAUUUAAUCUAGAAUUUUAACAGUCAUUCUAAGAAGGGAUAUCAGGAUUUUUUUUUUUAUUUUCAACAAAAGAAUUAACAAAUGCCAUUUUAUUUCUCUAUUUGUGUUCAUUGUUUUUGAAUUUUUAAAAUUUUGUUUGCAUUUGUAAAAUGUAAAGAUUUCCAUUCUGUCACCAUUUUUGUACAAGGAUGUGUAGAAGUUUAGAAUACUCUUGGAUAAAAAGUCUUCAUUCCGGUUUUCUCAUUCAUAUAUCAUGUAUGUGGUGAAAACCAAAAAAAAAAAAAUAAAAUAAAGAGGGGAAAUACUAAUUCUUCUGAGAGUAAAUAACAAUGAUUUUUUCUUAAUGCGUAUUUUUUUUUUAAUCAAUAAUUAACACAAUGAGCACUCCUUAUAAACUGGUGGACUGUCUUAACAACCCAUCAGAAGUAUUUUCUCUGUAGACUGUAGGUUUAUAUACACAUAGCUGUUAUUGAUUAAGUGUAAGGCUGUAUUCCUUUUAACACCGAAAACUUUUGUUUCAUGAAUCUUUUUUGAAUCUCAAACACAUGUGAACAGCACACUGGUGUAUAAAUUUUGUAGGUGAUAGUCAAUAAAAGGAUGUCCCAGAUA